CUUCUUCCUCCUCCUCACCACAAAAAUGAUUGAUGAACUAAACAGAACUGAAUUACCCACAAAUCAUUUUUGCUCUCUUCUUUCUUGUUUCAAAAAAUUGGAUCUUUUUCCACUUGUCGUCUUCCCCUUCAAGCUCCUGUCAAAAUCCCACAUCCCAAAUCUCCGAGUUCACCAUUUUAACGACGACUCCUCUUCUUAUCAGCAGAAAGAAUAUCUAAAGGGGUCCGCUCUGCUCAGUAAACAUCGUCUCUGGGCGGCUCCUGUAUGCCCAAUUCAGCCAUAAACAGUACAGUUGGAGCAGGUUCAUCUUCCAUGUCUCGCGUAGCUUCGAGUCCUCUGGGUCUCCACAGGUUCAGACCUUCUUCUCGUAACCUUCAGUCGCCAGUUCUCGUAAAUGUGAAAACUUCAAGGCAGAAGUUUGGCAUGAGCAUGGCUCGGAGGCUUCGAAGCAUUGCUUGUCAGACGAACCCGACGCCGACCUCGACCCCGAGUGAGGAAGCUUCCUCCACUGAAAAGUCGCUUCUCAAGCCUUCUUCACCCGAUGACAGUAGCAAAGAAGCUGCGACGUCUUCCUCGGACGAUGGGCUUCCUCAAAUGCCCGACAAAAAUCUCAACAGACGAAUAGCAGCAGUUUCUGCUGUUGCAGCAGUUGGACUUUUCUUAUCAUCACGAUUAGAUUUUGGUGUUUCUUUGAAAGACCUCUCUGCUGCUGCAUUGCCCUAUGAAGAGGCUCUCUCAAAUGGGAAGCCCACGGUGGUGGAGUUCUACGCAGAUUGGUGUGAAGUUUGCCGAGAAUUAGCUCCUGAUGUGUACAAAGUGGAGCAGCAAUACAAGGACCGUGUGAAUUUUGUGAUGCUGAAUGUGGACAACACGAAGUGGGAGCAGGAGCUUGACGAGUUCGGGGUCGAAGGCAUCCCACACUUUGCGUUCCUCGACAAGGAGGGGAAUGAGGAGGGCAACGUUGUGGGGAGGCUCCCGAGGCAGUAUUUGCUCGAGAAUGUAGACGCCCUUGCCCGGGGGGAAUCAACUGUGCCCCAUGCCCGUGUGGUGGGGCAGUACUCCAGCACCGAGGGACGGAGGGUCCACCAAGUCGCUGACCCGAGGAGUCACGGAUAGUCAAAUCUCCACUAAUAUUUGCUCGACCAGCAGUUCUCAAGCUUCACUGCAGAUAUUGUGUAUCAUGAAUUGGAAAUUGGAUUUGCAAUGCAUCAUUUUGGUGCCGGGGUCGGAAAAUUGCGGCUUGCCUGUAUACAUGUUGCGAGUUUCAGAUUAGUGAAUCGUCCCUAAGAAACUGAAUCAUUUCCAAAGACUACUGGAAGUUGUCAACUUGUCCAAAGAUUACUGCAAAAGAACGAUGAUUGAUCUUUUCAUCCA